AUGCCGGAGGAGAAUGAGGAGUUGAGAAAAAAUGAAAUACGCGCUGUCGGUGGUAGAAGACCAGUCUAUGACCUCUUCCAAUUGCCCUCCCCUGUCAAACGAAUCUUCGACAAGUUUCCCCUAAAGACAUACCCAGCCAAUGAUUUACCGCGCCGGUCACCACCAAUUGGUCACUUUGAUACGUUGCACAUCUUCACAACUCAGGAGGGAGCACUCCAGCAUGCGCCAUCAUUUAAUCCAGCAUGUCUGAAGUGGCAGGCAUAUCUUAGGUUCAGUGAAAUCGAGUUCAAAACAAUCUCAUCGAACAACCAUGCCUCUCCAACCGGAGUCUUGCCUUUCCUAACUCCGAAGAGCUCCUCUCCGUCCGCUUCAUCCUCUCAACCGAUUUCGUCGAACAAGAUCCUGAAGUGGGUUAGUUCGAGGAGCGACAUAGUACCAGAGAGAGUCUCGGGUAUGAGAUACGAAGCCUACCGCUCCCUGAUAGACCAUCGAAUACGAAGUGCGUGGCUUUUCACCUUAUAUCUUGACGAACGCAACUCAGAGGUUGUGGCGAAGCAAUUAUACAUCUAUCCCAUUUCGUCAAAUGCGCUUGUCCAAUUGAGUUUGUACUAUCAACUGAAGCAGGCGGCACGGGACGAGCUUCUUAAGACAGCCUCGUACAUCAGGGAAGAUGAGGUAUACCUAGAAGCUGAGAAUGCCUUUGCGGCUAUAUCAACAUUACUGGGCGACGAUGUGUACUUCUUCGGUAACGACAGACCAACCCUCUUCGACGCCAAUAUCUUUGCGUACACCCAUCUCUUGCUGGACGAGUCCUUGAAUUGGCAGGAAACAAGACUUGCAGAUUCUCUCAAGAAGAGAGAAAAUCUAGUACAACACAGGCAACGGAUUUUGACAGGUUACUUCGAUCGACACAAUGCGCUGUAA